GGGAGACGGUGAGGUUGUUGUGUUUUCUCUUUAACAAGUAAGUAAUUCUCUCUCUCCUGUGUGGCGGAGCUUCAGUUCAGCUGGAGGACAGUGAAGAGUUAAAGCGGGUAAAACUGUACCGUGUGAACCCGGGACCACCCAGUGUCCGCUCAACAUGGUGUCUCUCAUCUGCAGCUUACAGAACCACCUGGAUGAUGUGAACUGGUGUGCGUUCUCCUCCACCCUGCUGGCCACCUGCUCAGCAGAUAAGACCAUCCGGGUCUACUCCACCCGAGACUUCACUGAGCUGUCCUUCUCCCCGCUGUCUGGCCAUGGCUACGGAGUCCACUGCUGCUGCUUCAGUCCCUGUGGGCAGUAUCUGGCAUCCUGCUCCACAGAUGCCACCACAGUGGUGUGGAAGAUGGACACCGGGGAGAUCGAGGCUGUUUUUGAGCAUCCGGGCAGGAGCCCUGUCAGAGUGUGUGCCUUCUCACCAGACUCCUCCUGGCUGGUGUCGGGAGCAUCAGAUGGCUCCCUGGCUCUGUGGGACUUCCCCUCGAGAGCUCUGCUCAGAAGUACUUCUUUCUCUUUCAGGACUGGUUCAGUCCCAGACACUACGAUGGUGGCCUGUUCUUUUACCCCUUGUGGUCAGCUGUUUGCCUCGGGUUCAACAUACGGAGAUCUGAGAAUCUGGGACCUGAGUAUGAACCAGCUUCACGCUGAAAAAUACGCCCACGACCUCGGGGUGACCUGCUGCCAGUUUGCACCACAGAUGAUGAAAGACAUGGCUAGUUCUGUGAUCCAGUUUCGUUUGGCAUCCUGUGGUCAGGAUAGCUUGCUAAAAAUCUGGCUUAUUUCUCGGGUCUCCACAACAGGUUGUAAGAUGCAGCUGGUGCACACUCUCUCUGGUCAGUCUGCUACAGUGCUUUCCUGUGCCUACUCUGCAGACGGACAGCUUUUAGUGUCUGGGUCUAUGGAUAAGACUGUUGCUGUGUAUGAAGCUAAUGAUGGUUCUUUACUCUACAAAUUGAACCAGCAUGAGAGGUAUGUGACCUCGUGUGCCUUCUCCCCCACUGCUCCUCUCAUAGCUACUGGCUCCAUGGACAAGACAGUCAAUGUGUGGAUGGUGGAGGAUGGCAGCAGUUCUCACGAGUCUGGCAAAUCUCUUCCAGAUGAAGCUGCUUUUGCCUCACAUGAAGCAGGCAGGAAAUGGCCGGGUCACUCCAGGCUGAUGGUGAGCGAGUGGUCGGAGGAUGAUGUGUUGUCAUGGUUACGGGAGGAGGGGCUGGAGAGCCUCAUCGACACGUUCAAGGCCAAUAACAUUGAUGGAGCUGAACUGCUCUCCCUCAGUAAAGAAAGCCUCAGCACAGACCUCCGUAUAGAGUCACUCGGAUUGCGCAGUAAAGUACUGAGGAAGAUUGAGGAGUUACGAACGGCGCCAGUGUCCAACGGAAUUCCUGACGAGUUUCUCUGUCCAAUCACACACGAGAUCAUGAAAGACCCAGUGAUUGCUGCUGAUGGUUAUUCAUACGAGCGAGAGGCCAUUGAGAGCUGGAUCAACACCAAGACUCGCUCCAGUCCCAUGACCAACCUACCUCUGCAGACCACGCUGCUCACCCCCAACCGCACCCUCAAAAUGGCCAUCUGCCGCUGGACCAGCAGCCAGUGAACCCCUCGCCCGCUCUCUCCUGCAGGAAUGAAUGGUGGAAUGUUGAGAGACCCAACAUUACAUCCCACACACCAGCUGCUCUCCUGUACUGUCUGUGUACGGAGGAGCUUUGAGUUAAAGCUUUGGCAACCCACAUUUAACCAAAACUUUCCGGACACAGCUCUAGUAAGUACAAACACUGGGUUUGGAGAGCCAACACUGUUGGGCCCUUAAGGCUCACUACCACCAUUCCAGGCACGAGUUCUCACUUUUUCACUGGUCUGUCUCACUGGUCUGUGUGUGUUUUUUUUCUGCACGAACGGGUUAAUAGUGGAGGCUAAAUUCCAUCUGUGUCCAGAGCAAGUGUUGUUAAAGGAGAAAUCCGGUGUGAAACAGAUCUUGCUGUUCUGAUCACAUAUAAUGCAAAUGAAAACCAUAACGACCUUUUACAGAUAAGAGUGGACGCCCAACAUCAUGAAAUGUCCUGUUUUAAAAUGUUUUUGAGGAAAUUAUCAGCACGUCCAAAACUGGGCAUUUAUAAACUCAAUAAUGAAUUAAUGUAGUUUUAGUGACGAGGACUUUUAAAUCACAGUUUUUGUUUGGAUUAUAUAUUGAGACCAUAUUAUACCAAUAAUAUAAUGAUAUAGCAUAAAAAUGCAAUUAUGCCAUUUUUAAGAGCAAUUAAAUCAAAACCCCUUUUUUAUGUUUAAAGUUGGCAGAGCAGUUCAUACUAUGCUAAUGGGCUUUACUUACUAACAAAAACAUACUGGGCAAUAUUAAUUAAGCCCUAAUUAAACCCUGCCUAUGUAUUACCAUUUAUCAACCACUUUUACCAUUCCAUUUUGGGGGAAAGCCGUUAAUUUCUUUUUGUUGACCAAAGUAUUUUAUUUUAUGUUAUUGCCUUCAUGAAUAAAGAAAUGUAGAAGUCUAAGUCUAAAUAUAGUACAUUUAAUUAUGUUAAUUAUGAAUGAGUUAAAAACAAAAAACAAACAAAAAAAAACAGAUUUAUUCCAAAGGAAGAAAUGCUCACUAUAUGGUUAUUAGUAGGAAGUAGGACAUUUAUGUUUUACUGUUUUUUUUAAAUAUAAUGUUCCACAUAUAAUUGAAAAAUUAUAUUCUUUUUAAAAGUAUUUCUUACAACUGAUAAAAUGGUAAUAAAAUAAAAUAAUAAUGCAGUUAGUUCCUUUCCAAGCAUCAAUAUACUGAUUUAUUUUUUUUUCUGAUUUAUUAUUUAUUUAUAAUGAGAAAUUAGAAUCGGAACCUAAAGAAUGGGGGAUUUUGGAACUGCAUAUUGUAUUUUAUGGUAUGCCAAUAUAACAUGCUCAAUACAUUUAUAAUAUUACAAUAUUCUAUUAAGUGCUUUGUGGCAAAAUGUAUAAAAAAACAUAUUCAGGACUGGCCUUCAGACCAUUUUGGUCAGUGUCAGUUUUGACCAAAAACAUUUACAUUUUCAACUGUAUUAAAAUGCUGUUAUUAAAGUUGACAAACCAUCUUAUUCACAUUAGUUGACUCUUAUCACUAAAAAAAACAUGGUCAUAUCCAAAUAUUAUCCCAUAAUUAUCAAACUGAUUUAUGAUUCAGGUUUACUAAAUUCUAUUGCACAGCUGAUGAGAGGUGAUCUUAGAUCAGUGUUUUUACUCUGAGUUUGGAAAAUGAGGCCCAGUGUGCGGUAAGGCAGUAACUUAUAAUUAUUAGAAGGCCUGGUUGAAAAAGCUAAUAGAUAAGUUAUUGAGGUCAAGUUUAAAGUAGGGUAAGCCAAUAAGAUACAGGCCUACAGUAACCAGUCUGCCGUAUGUCCACAGUUUAUUUAGUUGUAGCCAAAGACCACAAAUAACCAUGAGGAUCAUUUAAAAGUUGGGCUUUAUUGUUGCAUUAUGUGGUGUUAUGCUGAAUACAAUCAUUAACAGCUUUAUAUAUGGAACCAACUGCAAAUAAUAUACAUAUAAAAUAAUCUCUUACACUCGACCUACCCCUCUAAACCUGAAAAUGGAUUGCUUUGUUUAUAAACCAUUCCUCUAAAGCAUGUAAACCAGAAUUUGCCAUAUAUAUAGCAUACCUUUCUCAAAUCUCAAAAGGUUUAUAAUAAUAUAUCAUAAUAUAUAGCUGUGCAAAAAUAACAUAUAUAAAAUAGAAUGUUUUAAACAAUCAACUAAGCUGUAGGCGCCAUGAAUAAAUUAAUUAAUACAUUAGCAGGUAGAGAGGAAUAUAAGGAAAUAUACUGUACAACACACCCCUCCUCAUUCUCUAUCUCACACACACACACAUUCACACA